CUUUAAUAACCUGUACAACUACUAUGACUCUAGAAAACAAAAUAGACUUUCUCCUGCUGUUACCGAAUGAAUUGUCUUGCUUUAUAUUAUCCUUAUGCGAUGAAGAUACCAUCAUGACCUGUCACCAAGUAUCCAAACAUUGGUCUUGGUUAUGUAAAGACAACAUUCUCUGGAAACACAUGUAUAUAAGCCAACAUGGGCGCAUUUAUCCUUCUCGGACACCCAUCGACUACAAACACCUUUACCUACGAAAAUCGCAAUUGUUGCAGCGAUGGAACACAGGCAGCCAGAUUCGAUUACAGACCAUUGUAGGUCAUACCGAUAGUAUCUAUUGCGUCCAAUUCGAUGCGAAAAAGAUUAUCACGGGAAGUAGAGACCGUACCAUUAAAUUCUGGGAUCCUGCUUCGGGUAAAUGCACACGUACAUUGUAUGGCCAUGGUGCCAGUGUAUUAUGCCUGCAAUACGAUGCACACAUAUUGGUGACAGGCUCUUCGGAUCACACUUUGCUCGUUUGGUCCAUGUCCUCCUUUCAAGUGAUGUAUUGUUUACGUGGUCAUUCUUCAGGCGUACUGGAUGUUUGCUUUGACCAGAAUUAUAUCAUCAGUUGCUCUAAAGAUGCAACCAUUCGGAUAUGGAAUCGGGUCGGCCUACCCAUCAAGACACUGGUCGGUCAUCGAGGUCCUGUCAAUGCCAUUCAAUUCAUGGGAAACCGGUUAGUCUCGGCUUCAGGCGAUACCCUCAUCAAAUUAUGGGAUAUCGACACUGGCACUUGUCUACGUGACUUUAUGGGCCAUGCACAUGGUUUGGCUUGUAUUCGAUUUGAUGGUCAGAAAAUAGUUAGCGGAAGCAACGAUAAUAAAAUCAAGGUUUGGAAUGCAGACACUGGAGAAUGUAUCUUGACUUUAGAAGGUCAUACGGGUCUAGUGCGUUCAUUGCAUUUUGAUAAAGACAAAAUUGUCAGCGGAAGCUAUGAUCAAAGUAUACGUGUUUGGGACAUACACACUGGAAAAUGUAUAAAGACUUAUUCAAGAUGUCAUACCAGUUGGGUAUUUGAUGUCAUGUUUGACGAAACUAAAAUUAUAAGUACAAGUCAAGAUCAAAAAAUACUAAUCAUGGAUUUUGCACAUGGCAUUGACACCAAAAAUUUAAUAAAAGCAUGA